UUACAAUUCAAAAUUCAACGUAAACAUAUCUACAUUAGGAUUAAAGGCGUUUGAUUUGUAUGAACUUGGACAUCUAUGGCAUUACAGACACUGAUGAAAAAAUGAAAUUGGUUAUUCUUCUUGUGUUCUUGGCACGGACCGCCAUUGCCAGUAACUCGACUUGCCGGCUGACUUCACUCAUUCAUGAAAAACAAUCAAACAUCGCGCCUGUUCUGGAAAAACAUGAAGCACUUCUUUUAAUGUUCCUUGGCUUUGGAGGUCUAUCAAUCACCUUAGGGAUAGUCCACUAUGCAGUUCGCCGAAAUGUCUAUCGUGAUGUACACAGCUUAGAUACAGUUUUUGAUGCUGGUGGAAAAGUGACAUUGGGUCUUACAGCUGUCACAGUGACCUCACAGAUGUUAUGGCCGGCUGACUUUCUACAAAGUGCUACGAUCAUGAGUAAGUACGGACUAGGAGGCUCAUUAUUUUUCGCAGUAGCCAUUGUACUGGAUAUCUUAAUGUUCCCAGUUCUUUCAUUAACACUGAAGACCAGGGCACCAGGAGCUAAAACGUUUCUACAGAUUAUUUGCGCACGCUUUGGGAAAGGAGCACACAUUGUGUUUUGCUGUAUUGCGCUGUUUGCUAAUUUGAUAACAGUGAUGGCGCUUAUUUUAGCAGCUAAAGCCGCUAUUAAUGUUCUGGUAAAGGAUGUUUCGGAUGAAAUGAUUCUUCUUUUGAUGGCUUUCCUAUUUGGUUCUUAUUGUCUUAUUGGUGGACUUGGUACUACCUUUUACAUAUCAUAUUUCAACACGGCUUUAACAUUUGUCAGUGUACUAGUGUUUAUUGUGCACGUAACAUAUAAAGAGACUGAUAACAUUUUCACAAAGAAGGAAAACAUGUACGAGGCCAUGAAAUGUAUACAAGCUCCAGAUGGUAACUAUGAAAACUCAUUUAUGACAUUUCGAUCUCGAGGAGGUGUGAUAUACGGCGUUGUGUUGUUUCUUAUGGCAACAUCAUUGAGUUUUUGUGACCAAGCUCACUGGCAAAGUCGAAUUGCAGCUAAGCCUGCUCAGGGUGUUGCGGGCUUUUUCAUUGCUGCCUACAUAUGGUUUGCUAUACCAUUAACGAUAACCAUUACAUCAUCUUCCGUAUACAUGUCCAUGAGCUAUCAGAAUGGAACUCAUCUGCUGAGUGACUUUGAUGUAGAUUCUGGCUUUAUUACUCCAUUUGUGAUGGAAUCUGUGAUGGGUAAGACAGGAGCUUACAUGUUGAUAACCAUGGUAACGAUGGCAUUAAUGUCAACAGGUUCAGGGGAAGUAAUGGCCGUGUCAUCGAUUAUGGUUUAUGAUAUUUAUAAAGUUUACAUCAGUCCAUACAGGAAAGGUAUUGACAUAACACAGUGUCCAUUAUGUGGGAAAGAAAGGAAGCAUACAAACGACACAGGAAACUCAGACCAAAUCUGUAAAUGUCCAUCUGUUUCUACAUGUAAGGCCUGUGAAAAUGAUGGCAUGGUCAGACUGAAAGCUCAGCAUUUUUUGCAUCCUUACGAAUGUAGUGUUCAUGGCCGGUAUCGACGUUAUGAAGACGAAUUAUUACACUACAAAAACUGGUGCAUGAUAUGGGUAACAAUUGGUAUUGUACCAUAUGGACUCAUUAUUGUUAACCUCGGUGUGAAUUUGAACUGGGCUGUGUUCACGCUGCAGGGUGUAUAUAGUGCAUUCCUUUGUCCACUACUAAUGACAAUUGUAUGGUCAAAGUGUACAGCAAAAGCAAUCAUUACAGGUAGUAUAAUGGGAGUAUUGGCGUAUAUUGCUGGAGUACUAACUGUAGCCGAGUUAGUGUAUGAAGGAGGGUUAGGUAACUUUCUAACCAAUACUUCCUCAGACUACAGUUUAUUAGGAGGAAUAACUUCUGCUGUAACCAUGAGUGUAAGCUGCACAAUAAUCAUAUCGCUCUGUACACAUAAUAUCACGACACAAGAGGACGCAGAAAGGGUUUGGGAUAAAACUCUUUCCAUUGACAAUCCGUUAAAUCCUUGGAGGAACGUUUAUAAAGAAGAACUUGCCAAUAUAGAUGUUCCCGAAGAUACAAAAGUAGAUACAACCCAUAUGAACAAAAUUUUCCGAAGUGCGAGAAUUCUGGCAGUAGUGGGAGGUUUGAUAAGCUUUGUUAUAUUCGGAGUCGUCAUUCCUGCCAAUGUUUUGUCAUUAGAAGUAUUGACUUAUGAGCAGUUUUCAUCAUGGUCGUUUGCCUGUCAGAUAUGGGUAAUGAUUGCUGCUGCGUUUGCCAUAGUGGUGCCUCCUAUCGAGGAAAUAGUUCAGAUUGUAAGAUACUAUUCCAGGAACAAGUCAAACGAAUCUGUUAGCAAAGAGAAGUAUGUGCUAUCUAGCCAGUAAUGGGAGAUCUAGCGUUUUGAGAGUUACUGUUAUGGUAGUUAUUGCAGUGAAAAAGUCAUAUAUAGUAGUUAUUGUAGUGAAAAGAGUGAUAUAUAGUAGUUAUUGUAGUGAAAAGAGUGAUAUAUAGUAGUUAUUGUAGUGAAAAGAGUGAUAUAGUAGUUAUUGUAGUGAAAAGAGUUUAUUGUAGUGAAAAGAGUUUAAUGUAGUGAAUAGAGUCAUGUAGUAGUUAUUGUAGUGAAUAUAAUAAUAUGGUAGUUAUUGCUAGAAUUGUAUCUUAUUAUAAUGAAAAUAACAAUUUGGUAUAGCUAUUUAAGUGCAAAAUACCAAUAAAGUAGGUACUGAUGUUGAAAACCCCAGUUUGGGGGUUAUUGUAGAGAAAGAUAUAAUCUGAUUGUUGUUCAUGAUGUUAAAAAAAAAGAGUUUCUGCUAUUAGACCUUCGGAGAUACUGAAGCUUUCCGUUGCUUUAUAAAAAUGUGGAAUAAACUGAUAGAUUGACUUUUUAUACCUUGCGAUGGGUGGACUGCGUUAAAUUGGUUGAAAGCCGAAAUUAUAUCAUUCAUGGAAAAUCAAUUGUUAUUCACAACAGACACAUUAAAAAUAAGGAAUUUACCAAAACCCAUAGAAAUUCUGUAUUUUCGAAAGGCGCUUUAAUUUGUACUUUUUAUACUAUCAAGAACCAUAUCUCUUGAACGACAAAAAUGAGAAUCGUCAAUAUCAAACUUGACCAACAUUACCGGUAAGAGUAAAUACCAUUUUUGAGAGCAUUGUUUGAACGGUUAUAAGCAAUUAAACGGAAACGACAAAAGUGCCCCAUUUAUCAUGAACACUAACUCCUGAAUGAAAGUCAUCGGCAAUAUCAAAAUAGACUUCCAUUUGUUUCAUUGAAAACAACAUAAACAAUUUUUUAAACAUUGGUUAUUCAAGUGUUUCAAACAUAAUUGAACGGAAAUGACAAAGUGUCAUUUUCCAAUAAAGCAAUGACCACUACUCCUGAACAGUAAACGUGUAAUAAUUUAGGGAAACAAAACAUUGGUUGAACGGUUCAUACGGUUUUUAGUUCAAAAGCACGGAAUUUGUUUGCAGCCGCCCAACCGCUAUACUUCUCUUAUUUGGUAGUCGGAUUUAUUUCUUCGGGAAACUUGAUAAAAUCUUUCCAUAAGAUGGUGACUAUACUUUAACAGGUAGUUAAUAGUCCUUAUAUGACCUGAUUCUGAGGAAAGUUGUUAUUUCUGUCUCAUUGAUUGAAUAAUAUACUCGAAGUGAGAAGUUGUAAACACGUUGUUCAAACAUUAUGGAAUCCAAAAAAAAGUUGUGACUGUGAUAACCCUAUGUCAAGUGAUAUCUAUACAUCUAUAUGUAUCCCGCUCAAACAAUCGGUAAAUAGAUAUAGGAAGAUGUGGUAUGAGUGCCAAUGAGACAACUCUGCAUCCAAAUAACAAUUUAUAAAAGUAAACCAUUAUAGGUCAAGGUACGGUCUUCAACACGGAGGUAACCCCAGAAUAAGCGUAAACUUCCAUUCUAGAGUACAACCAAUAAAUAGUUAUGAAAGGUACCAGACUUAUAAUUCGAUACACGUUUCGUCGACAUUAAACUCAUCAGUGACGCUCAGAUCAAAAUAGUUUGAAAGCCAAACAAGUACAAAAUAGAAGAGCAUCGAGGACUCAAAAUUACGAAAAGAUGUUACAAAUGCGGCGGAGGGUAUUCUUACCUGGGAUAAGAAAACCUUCAGAAUUUAAAAUUAUUCAAUCUUUUGAAAACAUGAAAUUCCUAAAAAUGACAAUAUAAUUAAUAUGUAUGUCAGCUCCGAAGCGCUGACGACUGGGCUAGAGAUACCUUCAGAGCCGAAACGUCCACCUGCAGUGGUGUAAAUAGUUAUAGAAUGUACCAGGUUUAUACUUCGACAUGCCAGACGAUGACAUCAAGUAAUUUACAUAUGAUUUAUAUUCCUGUUCCAAAAGAAUGGUGUAUUCAAGUUUACAUCUGUGGCAUAACAUGUUGGCCUCACAUUUCUCAAAUAAAAUAUAUAAGUUUCCUGAGAUUCAAUGUGUUUUAUUAGCCUAAUUUUCGUUUGAGGUGCAUUUUCAGAUGUUUCGCUCAUCACCUUUUAGUUUAUCUAAUAAUUGUAUAUUCUUGCACACAUUAAAAUGGUCAUGUAUAAAAAUUAAAUUACAAAUCUAAAGCAUCCUGAAAUUGAAUAUUAUGUUUCAUGUGACAGUACUAUAUAUACCUUGUGAUGUAUUUCAGAUUCAUUGCUUAUACAUGGAGUUCCAGGAACUUUUUAUCGAACAUUAUGUCCAUGUAUGAACUUUACGUUGCAUUUAAAUUAAAUACUACAAAACAAUA